CUAUUAUUAACGGAUUCCUAGUCAUUUAGGUAUCAUAAACGCGAUUGGUUUCUUUAGGUGUGCCAAUAAAUGCUAUAAUUGGCACACCUAUGGAGACUCCUGCCUGUUGUAGCAGCCUACUCCUUCUAUUUGUCUACCUAUCCAUAGCCUUCGUAAUGCCACUUUAGUCGAUGUGGUUUUUACUCCAAUGUAUAAGAAAGCCUUUUGACGUAUGGUGUUGCUUGCUUUUUUAUUUCUUUUGUUUGAUUUUGGUGCAGUGCAAUCAUCAACGGAUAUCACGUUCAGGUUGUCUAAGGUCACACAUUCCAUAUAAAUCGCAAAGUAUUAACAUUUUACCGAGGUUUAUUGAUGCUAUAUCAUUUGUUAAUCGCAAAGAUGCUUGCUUGCGCAAGGAAGGAUGCAAAUGGUACACUAACCAUGGUACUUUAGAUGAGAAAAGGGGUCAACAACGGGUGUUAUAUGCCAAGAGCUCUGGGCAUUUAACGGUAACUUCAAGUACUCAACAUGAAGUUAUAAAACAGUAUGGUGUUGUAUUUAGUCCGGCAGUCAUUGAUCCUGGAGCUACGCCACUGGUCAAUUUGGAGGAGUCAACACCUGAAGGUUUUUACGACGACCUUGAGACUUAUUUGAACGACCCUCGUAGUAAGAAUGCUUUGCAUUGGAGUCAGCAUUUCAAGCGCACGAAUUCACAACGUGCUGCGUUGAAUGCUUUGACUGACUUCAUGCCUGCUAGCAAGGUUCGUCAAUGCCUCAACGUUACUGACGGUUCUAAUGUUGACGAUUUGGUCGAUCCUACAUAUCAGGGUUACUAUAACCGCAGGAACAUAAAGGCAUUUUUCAGAUAUGAGCCUGAAUUUGCCUAUAAACGUGUGGACGGUGAAAUAAAGCCUCGAAAGCUUGAGAUGCCUAAGUUACAGAUGCCGGAUGAUAUGCCUAUCACUGAAGCUGAGCAUGAACGGCCGUCAGUUCCUCUAGGAUGGCGCAUAUUUGCGGUAUUAGGUCUAUAUCAUACCGCUAAAGGUGUGAGUGACCCAUCUGUGUUAUGGUCUGGGUUUCCUCUUACUGACGGCAACCCUAUGGGCAGGCUUGCCAGUGGUCUAUACAAUUCACCCCUUGGUUUGCGCGUGGCUUCGGGUAUGGAUGCAGUGAAGCCUGACAAUACUUUGUUACAUUCUCGUCACCCUAUAGAGCAGGGUGAGUUAUUUCGUGGUAGAAAGGGUGACAUGUCUGAAAUAUAUCCUGAUGGUAUUCGUCAACACGAACGCAUAAGUAAAGAUGUGUACAAAUAUCGUUUUUCUGAGGAUGGUGUAUGGCCUCGUAAGCACUUUGAGUCUGUAUUGAGUUCGAUGACUAUAUCUCAGGCAUUAUGGGCACGUCUUUCUACGACAAUGUUGCGUUCAACCGGGAAAAUCCAUAGAUUGUACAAAUUACGAGUGCGUAAGAACUUUAAGCAAGAGGUAUUUAAGGCAAGGAGGCGUAAUAGUAUUGUGGACAAUUCGGAUUCUGUGUCUGAUGUUCCUGUAGAGACCUCUGUUGGCAUUUUAUAUUUUUUAUCUGCGCCUACUUUACAUCACGCUGUGGACUUGGUUUGUUCUGAUCCUAUGGCACGUUGUAAUUUUUAUGAGCAGCUUUUAUUGUUUGAGGCCGAUGAUGCGCUUAAGUAUCGCAUUUUUGAGAAUCGUGAGCCAGAUAAGGACAGCCCGUAUCAGUAUAUGGUACUGGGUAAUUAUGACGAUAUAGAUGAUCAUACACUUUUGGAUGACAAGAUGAUGCGUUUUCUCGUGCGCUCCAAUUGCGUGAACACUCAUGUAAGACUACAUGCUCCACGUAAGGACAGUAUGGUUGACUUGGGUAUGCCCUUACAGCAAUUUCUUCCACUUACAACUGAGCAGCGUGAUCGUUUAUUGGACCGUUUGGACAGUAUUCGUGAUGCUUGCAACACGGUGAAUGGCUCAUCUCCUAUAGGCGACCUUAGCAUUAUAAAUCAAUUCGAUACUGACGAUGCGCUAGACUGGGCUCGUCGUUGUCCUUAUACACGUGCCGGUUGUUACAAGAGUUUAUUUGUUGCUAAGGCUUAUGAGAUUGGCUUUUACGGGCGCAAUUGUGAUUACAUAGCACCACUUCCCAUGCCUAAAUCCAUGGUUCCCCUUAGGCAAGAAUACGCAGUUGUUGAUCGUGACCCUGUAAAUAUACUAAAAACGCGUAUGUCUAAUGGCGAAGGCCAUUACAUUGCUCUUCCUAAGGUGAUACCACGUGAUUCCUUUUUGUAUCAUGAAUUGUCGUCGGAGAAUGGCUUGGGAAUGGCACAAAGUGCCGCCAAUGUUAAACCUGAUCAUCCUGUUGUUUCUUCCCCUGAUUCAACUGACUUAAAAAAUGAUUCUUCCUGGCCUAACAGGUUAUAUAUAACAAUUCGGAGGACUGUUGCUGACUCGUACAAGUCUUGUAACAUAUCAUCUAGAUAUGUAUCAACAAUCCGCCACCAAUUGCCCAAACAAGUUCAUUUAGGUCCGGUUCCAUUUACUCGUGACGGUAGAUUAGCAGUGGAUGUGGAUUCAUGUCACUUGCGUUCUCCAAAGUCACGUCGUUUAAGGUCUGUAUCUAGAGAUGAAGUGCUGUACGUAUCGGAUAUUGACUCCAGUAAUUACCGCAAGGGGUAUGCCCAGAUGCUGGGUAAUGUUCUGUUAUCUCGUUGUGCAAUACACAAGCUAUUGAAUGAAGACGCUCCCACAGAGUUGGACAUGCCAUUUUACGCUGACAUUUUGAAGGAUUACAUAUAUAUAUCGUUACCUCCCGGUGACUUCUUUGAGAAUUUACCUGCUCACGAUAACAAACGUUUCAACGCUAUGAGUGAGGAAAACGAGACCGUGUCACCUACAACUGCUGAGGAUAUGAACAUGUUACCUGAAAACAGGCCUCGUGCAUACGCCGGAUUUUGGAUGCGCAAGAGUGACUGUUACCUGCUGUACAAGGACGACCGUGAGCGCUCAUUGUUGUUAGGUAUACCACCUUCUAGGUUAAGCCACAGACGUGAACUAGGUCCGGACAUGAUUAUGCGUGCUCUAAUUCGUAACGAGAUAGUACUAGACUAUGUGAGGAAGGGUGCCGCUCUUUCAUGGCCUGACCUCAGCAACGCGUAUUCUACGCGCGGCGAGCGCAUAGUGUCACACCUAACACCUACUGAGGCGAUGAAGACCAUGUGGACUGUACCUCCUUUGAAUACGCCUAACAAGCGUUAUACAAGGGAGUGCGAGAUACCCGCAGGUCGUUUUUACGAAAAGGGCAUAGAGUACCCUGAAGGGGACCCUCGCAACCUUAUGUCAAAUCAUCCCAGGGAAGUCUACAAGAUGACCCUGGAGCACUUACAAAAGGUAGAUCGUGGUGAGGCUCGCCCUGAGGAUGACCCUGUGAAGCUGCUUGUUGAAGCAGAUUACAUCCCUCCACCGCAAGGUAAAGUCAUUCUCACUACUUGGGAGGAGCCAGAUGUGAAUUUAUACAAUUUAAGGAAAAGUGACAAAAAGAAGGAAACUACGCACGGCAACUAGUUGUUGCCCAGCACUCGUUCCC